CAAGAUGAAGAGGAUGGAGAUCCUUGCCCUGGUCCUCUGCCCGCACCUGCUGUCAGCGUCCCCCAUAGAGCGGGCACCAUCACCUCCAGCUCAGCUGGUCAAUGUGUCCAGGAAUGAGUCCAGUGAGUCCCGGCUGAAGAUCUUCUCCAUGGAAUAUCAUCACGUGCAGAUGCCCCUGGAGAUCACCCUCUGUAUUAUGUUGGCAUCACUCGCUAAGAUCGGUUUCCAUUUUUCCCCCCGGAUCCGCGCGGUGGUCCCGGAGAGCUGCAUACUCAUCAUUCUGGGCCUGGUAAUGGGUGGGAUCAUAUACGUUGCGAAUAACCAGGCCCCGGUGAUGAACAGCGAUGUCUUCUUCCUCUACCUCCUCCCCCCCAUUGUCCUGGACGCCGGUUACUUCCUCCCCAUUCGGCCUUUCUUUGAGAACCUGGGCCCCAUCCUGUGGUACGCCGUCCUGGGGACCCUCUGGAACAUCUUUGGGAUCGGACUGUCUCUGUACGGGAUCUGCCAGGCGUUCGGACUCACGGACAUCUCACUGCUGCACAAUCUGUGGUUCGGGAGCCUGAUCGCCGCCGUGGAUCCUGUCGCGGUUUUGUCGGUGUUUGAGGAGAUUCACGUGAAUGAGAAACUUUAUAUCUUGGUGUUUGGAGAAUCUCUGCUCAAUGAUGCGGUAACUGUGGUUCUCUAUAAACUCUUUAAAGCCUUUGAUGGAAUGGUGGAGAUUCUGCCGGUGGACAUCUUGGUUGGAAUCGUCACCAUUUUUGUCGUUGCCAUCGGUGGGAUUCUGGUUGGCCUGAUAUUUGGCUUAAUGGCGGCAUUUACGACGCGGUUUACGGAGCACAUCCGGGUCAUCGAGCCGCUGUUCGUCUUCCUGUACAGCUAUCUGGCCUACCUGACGGCAGAAAUCUUCCAUCUGUCUGGGAUCAUGGCGAUCAUCACGUGCUCGGUCAGUAUGAGGCGUUACGUGGAGGCCAACAUCUCGCAGAAGUCGUACACCACGGUGAAGUACUUCAUGAAGAUGUGGAGCAGCGUCAGCGAGACUCUCAUCUUCUUCUUCCUCGGAUUCUACACGGUGGAGAGUAACCACGAGUGGAACUGGCCCUUCACCCUCCUCACCAUCGUCUUCUGCCUGUUCUGGAGAGUGUCAGGGGUUGUAGUCCUGACAAACAUUUUGAACACAUUUUGCCUGAACGUCGUCUCCAGGAAGGAUCAGUUCACUAUCUCCUAUGGAGGUCUCCGCGGGGCCAUCUGCUUCUCCUUGGUGUUUCUUCUUCCCGACAUAAAACCAAAGCGUCUGUUUAUUGCGGCCACCAGCGCGGUCAUCCUCUUCACGGUCUUUGUUCAGGGAAUGACCAUCCGGCCCCUGGUGGAGCUUCUGGAAGUGAAGAAACGGAACAAAUCGGCCUCCACAGUGAGUGAGCAGAUCCACAUCCGGCUGAUGGAUCACCUGACCGCAGGCAUGGAGGACGUGUGCGGCCACGGGGGCCAGAUGUACUGGAAAGACAAGUUUGAAUACUUUGACAGUCGGUUUCUGAGGAGGAUUUUGCUGCGGGAUCAUCAGCCCAAAUCCAGCAUCGUCCUCUUGUAUGAGAAGCUGGAGAAGAAGCAGGCAAUCGAGCUCGCCGAAACCGGGCAGUUGUCUUAUAUGUCGCCGGCUGCGUCCGCCUGUCGAUGUUACAACCAGUCACCGACCAGAGUGAAAUUUUCUGCCAAGGAGAAGGACGACAUACAGAGAAUACUGUCCGUGAGUCUGUAUCAGAUAAGGAAAACGACCGCGACGUACAGUAGGCACACGCUGGCUGCAGAUCUCGGGGCCAAACAAGCCAAGGAAAUCCUGAUCCGCCGAAACCAGAGUCUGCGUAUUAAUGUCAACAAAUACGAGGAGCUGCGCAGGAAGCACAGGACAGCUGCACAGAGCGCAACAAUGUUACAAAGAGGAGCUGAGGGGAAGUCAAGACUAUUCCGAUCAUUAACCGUAGGGGGCAGCGGUGACACCCCAGGAGUAUACGGGAGGAGGACGCCCAGUUGUGAGGAUGAUACAGCGGAGACGAUAGAAGAAGACGACUGAUAAGACCCGCAGAAGGAAUCUCCGCAAUAUCCUGAGGCUUCAGCCCAGUGUUUC